AGCAGGUUGCGUCGCCUUUCGCAGAGAAAAUCGUGCCGGUUAUUUUUAUGCGCCGAGAAUGCGCAGAUCUUUGCUUUCGUUAAAACGAUUUAUUCAAAUGAAGCUGUAAAGAAGUAUAUGGAAAUCUUCGUCUUGAUUUAUGCUUGAAAACACUCAUUAUGACAAAAGAACAGUUGUGGAUUUUGCCCACGGGUGGUCAUGUUCACACGCAGCCAAAACAGGGCCAUCUCGAGCAAAUUGAGAUCUCUGUGUAUAAUGGAGGACAACAGACGUAGAGAAAAAGUAAAUAACUUACGAUUAGAAAUUGAAAACCUAGAGUUGAAGGCGGCCGUUGAGUCGAAGGAAAGUGUUAUUCAACUCCUUCGCGAGGAAGUAAAAGCUGUACGCGAGACAAAAGAGACGAGAUCGGUAACAACAGAGCGUUUUUAUCGUGAAAAUGAAGUUCAAGAGCUUCACAGCGCGGUACAGAGCAAAGACAUUGCUGUUAAACAACUGAAGGAAGGACUCACCAGCGCACAUCAAAACAUUGAACAGGUGCACCAACAGUACGCACGCGCGAGAGGAGAGCUUGAAGCGAAAGACGCCACGAUCAGCAGGUUGCAUCAAGAAAAUGACAAAUUGCAAGAAACACUGGAGGCGACCCAAAAUGAACGACUGCAAACGCUCGAUAGGCUCAGCGGUGUGCAAGCAGAGCUCUCCGUGGUGCGUGUUGACAAGAACUGGUUAGAAAGCCAGGUAAAACUGCAGCAAGAAAGCCACUCGAGUGAACGCUUGGUCAGUGAGCGAACAGAAACAGUCAAGGGUAGAGACGGGUUAGUGUUUACUAUGGAAAGUGUCUCUAAAGACAAGCAAACGUUGCAGGAAUUGAUAAACACUGCUUCGCAUUAUGAGGAAAUUAUACGCAGUUUGGAAGGUGGGAGCCGAAGCGACGGGCUUAGCGCACGAGAAUCGCAUCGACUUGCUUCGGCAACGAGUCCGAGACACGGCGAAAUGUCGAACAUUGACGAGAAUUACGUGAUCGAGCUUGGAAGUAAAAUGUCGGAGGUUGAAGAACGCUUGAAGAAAGCUGUGGUGUCGCAGAAGUAUCAGCUGCAAGCUGAGAGGGAACAAUUAAUUCAGGAAUUCAAAAAUAUGCAAACCCAGCUUCUCCAACAUCAAAGACACCAUGAAAUUCAGAAGAAUGAAAUAUCAUCAAAAGAAACUCUGAUACAGAGACUUAAAACUGCAAAAGCAACUUUGGAGAUUGAAGUUGAAACACUUAAAAGUGAUCUGGCAGCUAGCCGAGCGGAGAGCGACAAAUAUUUACAGGAGCAAAGAAAAUUCCAGCACGACUUGACUUCGUCAAGAAGUAAAAUCUCCAAACUUGAAGCGGAAUUGGAAAACGAGAGAAGGCAAAGAGAAAUGGAAAAGCAUAGGGUUCAAGAAUUUGAUUCACGUAGUCAAGCAGAGAGAGAAGAAUUGUCCAAACUAAAAAUUCAGUUUCGAGAACAGUACCUGUCGAACGAGAACCACAUACGAGAGAUUGCUGCCAAAGAUAAUCUUGUCCGCCAGCUGCGAGAGAGACUGGAAGCUAGCGAGGUUGAAAUCGAUAAGUUCAAGUCGAUGCGCACCGCUGUACAAGUAACGCAGACGGAAGUUGGCCGAGAAAGAGAGAAUUUGCAAGAGAAGCUACUCGCCUCGGAACGAAGAUUUGCCGAAUUACAAGCCACCUACGAAGACUGCCGACAAAAGAACGAAAGACUACAUCGUGAAUUACAAGAACACCAACAGAAACAUUCUAGAAUCGACGUAGUUGAAGAUUCUCUUGAGCAAAUGAAACUGAGUCUUGAAAAUGACUUGCUGAUUGCUCAGAAGAAGUUGUCUAAGCUAGAGAGCGCUUAUGACAGCUGUCAAAAAGAGAAGCUACAGCUACAGCAAGAAUUACUACCAGCGAACACAAAAAUUACUCAGUUGAAAAACGCACAGGAAAGCUGCCAACAGCAGAAGGCACAACUGCAGCAGGAAGUUCUUUCAUCGCACAAGCGGCUGGGUGAGUUUGAAGCUAAAAUCGAGCUGCAAAGACAGGAAAAGGCAGAUGUUCAACGCGACAUGAAAGCUCUAGAGAACCGAUUUAACAAAGUGGAGCAACAACUUCAACGAACUGUAAGUGAGAAGCAAAGCCUGAUAGAGAAGUUAGAGGAGGCCAACAGACGUUUGUUGAAUGUUUCAGAUGACGGGAAACGAAGAGAAUUUGAAUGGCAAGAUCACCAGAAGAAGUUUGACGAACUGAGCUCAGAGAUUCACAAGAAAGACAAGACAUUGUAUCAGCUUAGAGACGAAAAAGAGCUCCUGGAGGCUGAAAUUCAGCGAUUCAAGCAAGACUUUGAAACACUGAAUAAAGAGCUCGCCGCAUGUCAGCGGGAGAAAGGGAACCUGCGAAAUGAACUGGCCUCUGAACGACAGUCAAACUCCGAGGUCGAAAAAGACUGUGGACGUCUGAAGCAAGAACAAGAAAAACUUCAACAAGAAUUGAAUUCAAUGAAAGACAACAACGCCCAGUGGAAAGAAAUGUGUGAUAAGAUCCAGCAUGACAAGGAAAGAUUGCAACAGGAACUGCUGGCAGCCCAGAGGAACAUUUCCAGAUACGAGUCGAAUCAGGAGAGCGACAAACGGUCCUCACAGCAGGACACUAUGGUAUUGAGGACCAAGAUAAGUGUGCUUGAAAGCGAAGUUCAGGAACUAAGGAGGAACGAUGAGAUCUCUAAAACUAAGACGUUAGAGAUUGAGAAGUGCAAAGCGGACUUGAGUAAAUUAGAAAGAGAGGUUGACGACGGCGCCAGAAAGAUUGAACGAUUAACAAAAGAAAGCGAGAUGAAGGAAAGUUUUCUCCAGCAACUGAAAAGAGAAAAUAUGUCUCUGAAAAGGGAGUUGGACUCUGCUCUUAAGGAUUCCGGGGAAUAUUCCACAAGUUAUGUUUCUGAGUCAAGAGCAAUCGAAGUUGAGGUUGAAUUACUUCAAAAUCAACUUUCGGGCACAAAUUCGCAGAUGAAAGAACUGGAAGAAGACCGCGACUCUUUGCGACAGAAGAACCUGGAGCUUCAAAAGGAAAUUGUUUCACUAGAGGCGAAGAGCUCGGAAUUGGAAAGGGCUUAUGGAAGACUACAAGAUCAAGAAAGAAGACUUCACCACGAAUUAGAAGGCUGUAAGAACACAAUUAAUCAGCUUGAAAAAGAGCUUUUCAUCCAUCAGGAUACCAAAGGCAAACUUGAGGGCGCGUUUGAGAAUUCUGAAGACAAAAAAGACGAGUUGGCAAGAGAAAUACUGGACACAAGGAAGAAGCUAGCAGAACUGGAAAACUUGUACAAGGUUACGAAGAACGAUGGCGAGUCUAGGAGGGAGGCGGAUCGUGUUAAGAUUACAAAGCUUGAAAGCCAAGUGGAGAGUUUGUCAAAGCAGAAACAACAAAUGCAGCAACUACUGGAAGAGACCAGGGAUGCAGCGCGAAGGUACCAGGACGAACUUCACAAAACAGAAACAAAACUUCAAGAACUGCAAAGGGACUCAGAAGGAUAUUACAAAAAUAUUCACUCUAAAGAAGCACUGAACAAAAGGAUCCGCCAGGAGAAAGAAACCAUCGAGAAGGAACUCGAGAGCGUUCAAGUCCAGUUGGUAAACACCGCUUCCAACGUGGAGUCCUUUGACAUGGAGAGGUAUGAGCUGAUGCAGGAAAUGCGUCUAGCAAAAGACAAAGUCCAGGAAUGGGAGAGUGCUUACAAGAUGCUGCAACAAGAACAUAAGAGUCUGGAGAAGGAACUGAGAAGCGCUCAAAGGAUGGUCAAUGAAGUUGAAAACGAGUUUAAUAAAAGUCAAAAGGACCGCCAGAAUGAAAUCCGCACAAAUCAUCUUAAGGUGAGCAAGUUCGAGUCACAGGUGCAAGUGGUUCUCAAGCAGAGAGACUCGCUGAAAGAGCAGCUGGAAGACGUUCGUGACGAGUUAAGAAAAACUAAGGACGAAUACACACAUCUGCAGAAAGAAUUCAUUCAACACCAGCAGAGAUGUGAUGCAUAUAGAAAAGAGCUCUUGGCAAAAAGUCAUCAGAUAGACAAGUUGGAAGAUGAGAAAAACGCCUUACAGAGGAAGAUGGAGCAGAUGAGAGUGGAGCUCGGACAGAAUGAGAUGACGGGCCAAGCCGUGAAGCAGAAGAGAGAUAUCUUAGAAGGGGAUUUGCAGUCAGCUAGUGAUAAAAUAACAGAGCUUGAAUAUGCUCUGACCUCACUGCGAUCGGAGAAAGAAGAGAUUCAAAAGGAUCUGUACCGAGUUACAAGCAAGCUUACCACUGUAGAGGACUCAUACGCUAAGGCUCAGGAAAAAGUGAAAGAUCUGGAAAUUCAGCUGAACGCAGCUCGUAAGGUUAUAGGUGAUCUAGAAGAAGAGCUGUCCAUAAUCAAGAACAAAGCGUCCCAGCUUGAAGCAGAUCACGGGUUCAAGUUUGCACAGAUUGACGAUUUGGAGGAAAAGCUGGAUGCAGCUCACAGAAGCUUAUCCGAGAUAGAAUCAGCGUACGAGUGCAGUGAGCGUGAGAAAGAAGAUCUUAAACAACAGCUGACACACGCAGAAAGGAAAGUGUCCGAGCUUAGACAAACCAUCCAAAGAAACGAAGAAGAAAAUGAUGAUUUGGAGAGACAACUGGACAGCACUCGACACCGGACAACAAAGCUUGAAAGUCAGCUAAGUCAAGCACAGAAGCAAAAGGUGCAGUACAAAGAUCAGCUGGAAGAUGUCAGAGCAAAGCUGCUGAAGUGCAAAGAUGAGCUAGGAACUGUGCAAAGUCAGUUGUAUGACUGUCAAAGAAGCCUGGACGUCUUAAGGAAAGAUACAGCGAACAAGGACAGCACCAUUACAGAGCUGCGAGGAAAGUGCUCUUCGUUAGAGUCGACGUUAGGGCAAACUGGUGAAGCGCUCGCGAAGCAGCAGACUGAGAAUGAUCUACUUCAACAAAGUAAACGUGAUCUUCAGGAAGAGCUCUUGCAAAACCAAGAAAAGUUCCAGGAACUUGAAGCCAUGUAUAAGCUUUGUGAACACGAGAAGCAACGACUCGAGGAAGAGAUUCACUCGUUUUACAAGAGACUUGCAGAGCUGCAGGGUUCCUAUCAAACGUGUGAGCACGACAAAAUGGACGCACAGCGCCAGGUUAUGGUUCUGGAACAGAAAGUGAACAACCUAGAGGUCGUUUUAGGACAGACACAAAGGGAGAAAGCGAGCCUAGAGUAUCACUCGGGAGAUCUGAACGUUUCAAAUAAGAAGGCAGUUGAGGAAUUGGCAGUGGUCAAAGUUCGCUUGGAAGAGAACCAGAAGUCAUUCAGCGAGUUUUCAAGCGAGUUGUUUGAGAAAGAAAGGGUUAUCGAGGAGUACAAGAUUAAGAUAACUACACUCACGACUGAAAAUGAUUAUCUGAACUCGGAGGUAACAAAGAAGAAGGAACAACUUUGGCAACUGGAGAACGACAGACGAAAGUUGCAGGACAAGUGGAGAGAAACAAGCGACGAAGUAAUAAGGAUGAAGCCAUUGUGGGAGACUGCCCAACGCAAAAAGGAACAGAUCGAUACAGAACUGCAAGCAAACCGAAAGAAGGUAGCAACAUUGGAAUCUGUUUUGAAGAAAAAUGAAGAGCGAACGAUGCAGACUGACAAGGAACUUAACACGUGUAAGAACAAGAUCGCACACCUCGAAACCGAGCUGAAUUCGUUACGAAGGAAGGUCUCCGUAAUGGAGUCACAUUAUGAAGAGGCAAGAAAAGAACUGGAUGACGUAAGAGAGGAGUUACGAGGAGCGCAGGAGAAAAACACAAGCUAUUCCAUUCAGCUUGAUACCGCAAAAAGUGAACAGCUGGAUCUCAAACAGCAGAUUGCAGUCUUGGAGAAAGACGCUGCAGAGCACGAGGAAGAAAUCUCAAGCCUUCGAGGAAAGAAGGAGUCUUUAGAGGAGGACCUUUUCACCGUGCGCAACAAACUGACACAGAUGGAGUCGACAAUUAACGCCCUUGAAACACAGAGGACGAAUUUGAAGGAGCAGCUGAGUGAUUCAAGGGACAAGAACGUUGACCUAAAAGAGGAAAAUAUGAGAAUUGCCAGCCAACUGAAAGAGCAACAAGGAGUUGCCGAGUCGUUGAAAAAGGCUCUUGCGAAGAAAGAGAAGACAAUUGAGGAAUUGAACGAAAGAAUUGCUGAAUUAGUAACGGAGUUAGAAACACUUCGACAAGAAGGAAUGACGAUAAAAGUAUCCUGCGCGAGUCUGCAAGGUGCACAGGAGGACUUGAGUUUCAAAUUAAUGGAAUACGAGAGCAAGGAGGAAAAGACACAAAACGACCUUCAAGAACUUCGUGAUUCUCGGGAUGAGAUGGAGCGGGAAUUGAACAUCGCCGUGCAAAAGAAUUUGGAGCAAGAGAAUCGAAUGAAGAGUUUACAGCGAGAAAAAGACAGACUUAGGUCGAGUUUGGACGAGACUGUAAGAAAGCUGACCAAACAGUCUGAAGACGGAUCGAGAUCACAGAAAGAACUGCAAGAAAACCAGAGGAUCAUCGAACAACUUACAAAUGAAAACCGAGCGAUGGAUUCUCAAAUUGAGGAACUCAGAGCUGUGAAAGCAGCGGUAGAAAGCGAACUGGCUGACAUUCGGUCGGAAUAUGAGGAAAGUAAAUCAAAGAAUGAAGCAAUUGAGAAAGAUAUGAAAGAUUCCGAUCAUGAACUUAAGCGGUUCAAAGAUGAUGUUUCACGAUUAGAGGACUUGGUGGCUGACUUAGAGAAGGGGAAAUACGCCUUGGAAAAGGAUCUGCAGCAAUCCAACUCAAAGUGUUUGAAUUUCGAAAGUUUGCUCGUUAAAUGUGCUCAGUCCGAAAGCGAUCUAAAGCAUGAGCUCCAAAGUUCCAGCAACAAGAUCUUAGCAUUGGAAUCAGAAUGCAAGUUGUCAAAGCAACAAAGCAAUGAAAUCAAACGUGAAAACGAAAUUCUAGGAAGGAAAGUGCGAGAUCUCGAUGAACUAUUUAGGAAGAGUGACAGAGAAAGGAAGGAAGUAAGACAAGAAUUGAUUUUAACACAGAGCAAGUUAGCAGACCUGGAAUACAAGUACGGUUAUGAAUACAAUGAACGUAGUUCACUCAGUGCUCAACUAGAAGAUGCCAAUAGCCAAGUCUCUGCAGCUUUAGACAAAGCUCUCAGUUUAGAACAAAAAGUCGCAGAGCAGAAGAUUCUUCUUGACAUGGCGAACAAGGAAGUAGACGACAAAGAAGAAGUUAUCCGACAGCUGAAGAACAGCAAAAUGUUUCUUGAAGGGCAAAGAGAUAAUUUGAAACAGAACGCUGUGUCUGGAAAGGAAGAAGUCGAACGUCUGCAGCAAGAGAUAAGUCGAUUUCAACGCGAAAACUUUCAACUGCACAAAAAGACAACUGAACUGGAGUCAAAGCUUCGAAAAACUGUAGCAGAGAAAGACCGAGCUCGAGACGAAGCAAGUACAUGUAAAGAUGAUCUCUUUGUACUGAAAAACCAACUGGAUGAGUCUCAAGAAGCCAAAGAGGUUCUUGAACAUCAGCUCGAGGAGUACAAGCAAACCGCCCUGAACUACAAAAAUAGUUUCGUGUCAUUUCAGAGACAGGUAACCGAGCUGACUGGCCAGUGUGACGUGUUCAAGGAGACCCUCGACGCAAGAGAAGGAUCGAUUGGGCAAUUAAGAGAAGCCAAGCGAAUAUUCGAAGACGAAAUGGAACGUCUUCAGAACGCCCUUAAAGAGAAGGAAAGGGAGAAUGAUUCGUUGAUGACAAAGAGGAAGGAGCUGGACUCUAGCCUAGGCUCUGCAUUAAUGCAGCUAGCCGAGGCAGAGGGCUCCUUGAAGGUGACCAGAGAAACUGUUACAAGAUUGGAAGGCGACUCGGAUUCUCUGAGGAGUAAACUCAGUGACAUGGAAAACAAGAUGGUGGAUCUUGAACAGAGAGAGAAGGAUGCUCACCGAAAUAAUAUAGUUUUGAAGUCGCAAAUUUCAAGCCUGGAAUCUGGUUACCAGACCAGUCAAGAGGAUCGUGUUGAUCUGGAGCGGGAAGUUCAAUCCCUUCAGGCCGAGCUGGAAGACAUGAGGACAUCACGCGAGGAAGAUCGUGAAGAACUCGUGAAUUUGAGAUCCGAGGCUCAGGCAAGCAGGAAUAAAGUUUACGCCCUUGAAACACAACUUCAGCGAAUUGAAAAGAUCAAGGAUAGUUUGGAACAACAGGUGAAUAUAUUUACAUCAAAAGGCAGCGACAAUAACAGUGAACUUAUUCGUCUUCAACGUAAAGUGCAGGAACAAAACCUGCUUCUGGAGUCUCACAGCAGAGACUUCGCAAACAAGGACGAAACGAUUGAGAUGUUCAAAGCAGAGAACAGGACUUUGAAAGCGGAUGCCAGUAGUCUACAAGAGGAAAAUGCCAGGAUCAGGUCAAGUAUAGAUAUUCUUCAACAACGGAAAGAUGCAGCUGAUAAGGAAUUGUUCGAUGCUUUGAAGCAAGGUUCGGAGUUUGAGCUUCGUCUUGUUGCAGCUCAGGAAGAGAACGAGGAGUUAAACAAAGAACUAGCAGAAAAGCAAGAGAAGGCUACCAAUCUUCAAGAGGAAUUAUAUCGAGCACUGAAAGACUUGGCGAGUCUAAGACACGAGCUGGAAGACACACAGUCUCGAGCAACAAAGACUAAAGAUGACGUUGCUGAGUUGCAAAGGCAGCUGAAUGAGAAAGAGGCCAGUUUUGAAACGUGUAGAAGCAGCAGCGAGGAUAAAGACAACAAAAUUGGUUCUUUGCAGUUGGAAGUGAAUACAUUGGAUCAAGAAUUGAAGUCUUUGUCAGAGGAACUGUCCAACGAGAAGGAAAAAUAUCAACAUGCUCAAGACGAAAUAAGGAACCUGCAAACAGAGUUAGACAUUCGAGAAGCAAGUGUAACAGACUUUGAGGAAACCGCAGAACGUCUCAGAAAUGAAAACGAGAAUUUGAAGAAAGAUGUGUUAUCUUCCAAAGAAAUCGAGGCGGACAUUAGAGAAAGAUAUCAGGCCGUGCAACGAGAGCAGGAGAACCAACAACUUGAGCUUGCAACACUGCAGCAGAAACUCAUAUACGUGGAAGAGAGAUACAGUAGUGUUGCUGAAGAUAAAGACAAGCUGAAGGAGGAGUGCAUCGCACUCAAACGAGAUACCUCGGAGAUGAAGAUUGUGCUAGAUGGCGUACAGCGAGAGAAAACUAAAAUUGAAGGCGAGUUGACAGUUGUGAAGCAGCAGAGCACAGACUUACAAAGCAGGAUAACUAACAUUCUUCGAGAGAAAGACAAAUCUACUGAGGAAGUCUCGUCAAUGAACAGCUCAUUGGCCACUUUGCAAGUGGAUUAUAAAAUGAUUUUGUCUCAAAAGGAAGAAAAGGACAAGGAAAUAAUCGAUCUUAAUAACAAACUGUCGAAAACCGAGCUUGAAUACCGAGACUGUGACACAAGAAAGGCCUCUUUACAAGGAGAAGUCAGCGGCCUGCAGAGGAAGGUGGAUGAGCUGGAGCACACGGUGGCUUAUCUGGAACAGAAAGACAAGGAACUUCAAACAGAAUUCAUCGAUUCUCACAAGAAAAUAACAGCUCUCGAUCAAGAGCUGAUUGUAGCUAAGAACAAGAUUACAAGAUUGGAAGCCUUCAGUGGCGUCACAGAGGGAAAGGUAAAGGUCCUCAACGAUGAUCUUUUCAAUGCGGAACAGAAAGUCUCACAACUGGAAAUAGCCUUGAGUGCAAGUCUUGAGAAGGAGUCUCAACAACAGAAAGAUCUCCUGGAUGCUUUCAAGAAAGCAACUGACUUUGAGGUCGCUUACCAAACAAGUCAGUCUGUGAAGAGCCAAUUGCAACAAGACAUUAACACGUAUAAGAAUAAGUUAACGACGAGUGAUCGUAAACUACAAAAAGAAAUCAAGGAAAGGACUCUACUGGAAAGCCAAUUACAGGAAGCAAAGCUCAAGAUUGACAAUCUCAAGUCUGAGUUGACAAGACAUCAGAGGAAGCUAACAGAACAGCAACAGCAAAGCGACACUAAACACAGGGACAAUGAAAGUAAAACAGCUGUCAUCGAGACACUUCAGUCGUCAAAGAAGAAUCUCGAAAACGAAGUUGAAAAUCUGAGAAGGGAUCUCGCAAGUGCGAAGUUUUACUCGGAGAAACUUGGACACGAAAACAAAGACUUGAAGCAUCAGUUAGAAGCGAGCCGAGAGCGCUUAGCAGACGUGGAGUCGGCCGCUGAAGUAAACUCACGCGAAUGCGACAGAUUAAACAGCGAAAUACUGCAGCUCGAGACUUCAUAUCAGGAGUCACAGCUGAUCUGCGAGAUGCUUAGGCAAGAAAAAGAAGGUCUUAAUUCCCAACUUCUUGAGGCUGCAACUCCAGACAUGGAUUUUGGACCUGCGGAGGACUCUGUAAAGAAAGAAAAAGAUGAGCUGGAAAGCCAACUGUCUAAAGUCAAAAGAGAACUGGAUGCCUUGAAAUCUGCACACGAAGAUAUGGCCACCGGGAAAGCUAAGGCAGAGGAACACCUUUCUGCGAUGACGAGAGAACUUAAUGAGCUCCAAGCGGAAAUUCAAACAUUUCGUCUCGAUAAUACUAGAAAAACCUUUGAGCUUGAAAGUGCCAAAAAGAGGCUGAGCGAGUUAGAGGUGUCUUAUGAACAGGUUAAACUGGCAAAGGAAAGGCUACAGGAAGACGCCAGUGAUUCGGAAAGGAAGUUGGUUUCCCUUGAGGCAAGGUACGAAUUGUGUGAAAGUCAAAAAAAUGACUCGAACAGGGAAGUGUUAAAUGUGGAAAAGAAGCUUGCGCUGCUUGAGUGUUCAUAUAACAGAAUUCGUGAAAGAGAGAUAGAUCUGGAACGGGAAAUUCUUGAAUCUCACAAGAGAGUCACAGAGUUAGAAUACGAUCUUCAAGCAAAGAAAGAGCUUUUGGAGGAGGCACAAAAUGCUGUACGAGACUUGGAAGAAAAGAAUGACGACUUACAAGUGGAAAUUCUUGACGCUCAGGGAAAGAUCAACGAGUUGGAGGCAACUUGUGAGAGUUUGGAGGAAAAGGCAAACAGCUGGGGAGAAGAAGCAAAGGCAGCUGAACAGCGAAUGAAGGACGCAGAAGAGGUUCACAUAUUUGGACAACUUGAGAAAUCAGAACAGCAGAAUGAACUUGCGGUGCUAAGGGAUAAUAUCUCAACUUUGGAGCGAGAUCUCAACAACAGUAAGAGAGAAAAGGAGGAAUUGCUUUCCCAAAUGGAUGAUUUGAGGAACACGAGUUUCUCAGAUCGUGAUGAUGUCAACAGCUUGAAGAAACAACUAAAGGAGCUAGAAAGGAAGGUUUCUGAAGCAAGCCGAGAAGCUGAAGAUAAAGCGGCCGCUUUAGACAACAUUCAGAGACAAAAGUCACUUCUCACGGAUGAGGUGGACACUAUCAGGAGGGAACUGUUUGAGAAGGAGAGAUCUCACGAGGACAUUACAAGAGAAAAAGACACAAUCGGCCAUGAACUGGAGAUGCUCAGAGAUGAAUUGGAAGAAAACAAGAGAAAGUUAAAAUCAAGUGAAGAAGAGAAGGAAAAGAUGCGAAAUGAAAUGAUAUCGACGCAUAAUCUUGUCUGCACAUUGCAAGAUAACAAUGAAACAAAUGAAGUUCAAAAUGGAAUGCUAGAACAGGAGCUUGAAUACUUGAAAAAGAAAGUUUCUGAUACAGAAAUGGAGUUACAAACGUACAAGAAAAAAAGCGAUAUUCUGAAACAAGAUCUUCGUAGUUUCCAAGAUGGUAGUUUCUCAAGUAGACCGGACCGAGAAUCCGCCCAAGAGGAGGUCAGGCUUCUAAGGAAUGAACUUCAAACCAAUACUGAAAAAUACCGAGAGCUUGAAAGGUUCUGUAAAGAAAGCGAAGACGAGAAAAUGAGGCUUCAGAAAGAGCUGUUGGACACACAUAAGAAGGCUUCCGAAAUGGUCAUAGCGCACCAGUAUUGUCACCAAGAGAAAAACGCAUUGCAAGACGAGAUCGCUUCUUUGAAACAAAGACUGAGGGACCUGGAGGAUAGGCAGGAUGACACCAAGGACAAAGCAGAUGAUCUUCAGGACGACAUCUUAGAUUUGCAUAGAAAACUGAGCAGAGCAGAAACCAUGUACGAACAAUCUCAAGAAGACAACAACAGACUGAACUCAGAGCUGGAAGAAGCACAGAAGAAAAUUCGCGCUCUUGAAGAUGAACUCUUCGGCAUGCGUCGUGAAAUGACCCAACUUAAAAGUAACAAUGACGAGAACAUUCGACUGCAGAGAUUACUGGACGACAAAACCAAGGAAGUAAAUUACUUACAAGAGCAGUUGGAUGACCGCGGCAAUAACUCUACGUUGGAGAAGAAUCGUCUGCGAGAUGAACUGGAGGAAGCCCUGGAGAGGCUGCAUAAAAGCGAAGCUGAAUUAUCAGCUAAAACCUUCGAGCACGACCGCGCUGAUGACGAACAUCAACGAAUAGUGUUCGAGAAAGAGACUCUGAUUAGUGAACUUAACGGUCAAAUUACCUCUCUUAACUUUGAAGUUUCCACUCUGAAAAGAGAACUAGUAUACAGCAGGGAUGACAAAGACAGUUGGGCCGAAGAACGAAAGAAUUACAGAGAAGAAGUUUUCAACUUAGGAAAAGAUAAAUCACGGGCUGAAGAAGAGCUUCGCCUUCUCAAAGAUGAUUAUGAAAAUACCAACGAAAGGUUAGCACUUGUGAAAAAGGAGAAAGAUUACUACGAAGAAGAGAACGGAAGAAUCAAGGAAGAACUGAGAGCGGCAAAUCUCGAGAUUGAGCGUUUGAAGCGAGAAAUGUCCAUGAGCAAAUAUGAAUACGAUUCGUUUGAGAGUGAAAAGAGCAGCCUCAAGGAGGAGAUUACCGCGGUAAAAUCAAGCAAGUCAGAACUUCAAGAGGACCUAUGGCGCGUUAAAUUGGAGUUAGAGAAACUAAAACGAGACGCCGGCGUAAGAGGGCGAGAGCGCGAGUCGUGGGAAAGGGAGAGAGUGAACUUACAAGACGAAAUCCAGACUUUCAGAAGUGAAAAACGCAACCUUGCCGAAGAGAACCGUGAACUUACUCGAGAAAAUGAAAGGCUCAAGGCUGAAGUAGCGUUAAAAGAUGAAGUCACCGAUGAUGCAGGGAAGGCAAGGAGGGAAAAAGAAGAGAUUUACUACGAAUACACAGUGAUAAAGGAGAAGUACACCAGGAUUGAAGAGGAACAUAGGAUCAUCGUGAUCGAGAAACAAAAAUUGGUUCAGGAGAAACAGAAUCUGGAGUUUGACCUCGAUGAUUGUAGAAGCAAGCUACGAAGGAUCGAGGACUCCAACAAACUCUCUGAGGACGAGAAGCGGCGGUUAGAGUAUGAAUUAAGGACAGCGAAGGAACGAAUCUUGAUUGUCGAGCGCGAGUUCGAUUCCAGAGCUAUAGAAAAAGAGCAGAUCUCUCAGGAAAUAAGCAGCACCAGAAUUGAACUCAGGAAAGUCGAAACCGAUCUGCAAAAUGCUUUGAGGAAGCUGAACGAUGCGAACAAUGACGUCACGGCGAAGCAGACUCGUCUCGAGAGACUGGAGCGAGAACUUGAAGAUCAGAGACGGGAGUGUAGGUCACAGGACCUGGAUCGAGAACGCAAGGCUAGUCAGAUUAGUAAUUUGCAGAAUACGAUUGAAGAACUGAAAAGCGAGAUCCAGAGUUUACAAGAUGAUCUGAUACUCAGUCACAGAGCGUAUGAGCAGUGUAAGAAGCAACUGGAAGAAGCAGAACUGUCAGAUCGCUCGGACGACAAAACAGAGACGUCGACACUUCGUGUAGACGUCACGGAAAGACCUCAGCAAGUAACAACACUGGACAUCGAUGUCAAACCGCAAGUAACUACACUGGAUAUCAAUGUGAGACCACAUACGACAUUUGACUACAGUUUUACACCACAGACUACGUCAACAGUAUUUGACUUGCCGUCACAGAAGCAACAAACGACCGACUACAGCUUCACCCAGCAGAGUAAUUCAACAGAGUAUGACCUUCGUGUAAGACAACGUGAAACAUCCGACUACGGCUACACCCCACAGACUACUGCAAGUGAAUUCGAAGUAACUCCUCAAACAACCACACUGGAUAUUGAUGUACCGGACCGUCACGAAACGACAGAAUUGGAAAUUAAUAUCGAAAGAGAAACCCAGCGCCCUCCCGUCGCGUCAUGGAGAACCAGAAAUACGUCAUCUUUCCAGGUGUAUAGAGACCGGAAGUAUAGUCCAGUGCAGUUUGCUCUUGAGGAAGAGGAAGAUGGAGAAUACGAGAUAGCGCAGAUUGAAAGUAGAAGCACGAGAAGAAGAUGGAAGUAUUCUGAAGAUAAAGCGGCCGCUUUAGACAACAUUCAGAGACAAAAGUCACUUCUCACGGAUGAGGUGGACACUAUCAGGAGGGAACUGUUUGAGAAGGAGAGAUCUCACGAGGACAUUACAAGAGAAAAAGACACAAUCGGCCAUGAACUGGAGAUGCUCAGAGAUGAAUUGGAAGAAAACAAGAGAAAGUUAAAAUCAAGUGAAGAAGAGAAGGAAAAGAUGCGAAAUGAAAUGAUAUCGACGCAUAAUCUUGUCUGCACAUUGCAAGAUAACAAUGAAACAAAUGAAGUUCAAAAUGGAAUGCUAGAACAGGAGCUUGAAUACUUGAAAAAGAAAGUUUCUGAUACAGAAAUGGAGUUACAAACGUACAAGAAAAAAAGCGAUAUUCUGAAACAAGAUCUUCGUAGUUUCCAAGAUGGUAGUUUCUCAAGUAGACCGGACCGAGAAUCCGCCCAAGAGGAGGUCAGGCUUCUAAGGAAUGAACUUCAAACCAAUACUGAAAAAUACCGAGAGCUUGAAAGGUUCUGUAAAGAAAGCGAAGACGAGAAAAUGAGGCUUCAGAAAGAGCUGUUGGACACACAUAAGAAGGCUUCCGAAAUGGUCAUAGCGCACCAGUAUUGUCACCAAGAGAAAAACGCAUUGCAAGACGAGAUCGCUUCUUUGAAACAAAGACUGAGGGACCUGGAGGAUAGGCAGGAUGACACCAAGGACAAAGCAGAUGAUCUUCAGGACGACAUCUUAGAUUUGCAUAGAAAACUGAGCAGAGCAGAAACCAUGUACGAACAAUCUCAAGAAGACAACAACAGACUGAACUCAGAGCUGGAAGAAGCACAGAAGAAAAUUCGCGCUCUUGAAGAUGAACUCUUCGGCAUGCGUCGUGAAAUGACCCAACUUAAAAGUAACAAUGACGAGAACAUUCGACUGCAGAGAUUACUGGACGACAAAACCAAGGAAGUAAAUUACUUACAAGAGCAGUUGGAUGACCGCGGCAAUAACUCUACGUUGGAGAAGAAUCGUCUGCGAGAUGAACUGGAGGAAGCCCUGGAGAGGCUGCAUAAAAGCGAAGCUGAAUUAUCAGCUAAAACCUUCGAGCACGACCGCGCUGAUGACGAACAUCAACGAAUAGUGUUCGAGAAAGAGACUCUGAUUAGUGAACUUAACAGUCAAAUUACCUCUCUUAACUUUGAAGUUUCCACUCUGAAAAGAGAACUAGUAUACAGCAGGGAUGACAAAGACAGUUGGGCCGAAGAACGAAAGAAUUACAGAGAAGAAGUUUUCAACUUAGGAAAAGAUAAAUCACGGGCUGAAGAAGAGCUUCGCCUUCUCAAAGAUGAUUAUGAAAAUACCAACGAAAGGUUAGCACUUGUGAAAAAGGAGAAAGAUUACUACGAAGAAGAGAACGGAAGAAUCAAGGAAGAACUGAGAGCGGCAAAUCUCGAGAUUGAGCGUUUGAAGCGAGAAAUGUCCAUGAGCAAAUAUGAAUACGAUUCGUUUGAGAGUGAAAAGAGCAGCCUCAAGGAGGAGAUUACCGCGGUAAAAUCAAGCAAGUCAGAACUUCAAGAGGACCUAUGGCGCGUUAAAUUGGAGUUAGAGAAACUAAAACGAGACGCCGGCGUAAGAGGGCGAGAGCGCGAGUCGUGGGAAAGGGAGAGAGUGAACUUACAAGACGAAAUCCAGACUUUCAGAAGUGAAAAACGCAACCUUGCCGAAGAGAACCGUGAACUUACUCGAGAAAAUGAAAGGCUCAAGGCUGAAGUAGCGUUAAAAGAUGAAGUCACCGAUGAUGCAGGGAAGGCAAGGAGGGAAAAAGAAGAGAUUUACUACGAAUACACAGUGAUAAAGGAGAAGUACACCAGGAUUGAAGAGGAACAUAGGAUCAUCGUGAUCGAGAAACAAAAAUUGGUUCAGGAGAAACAGAAUCUGGAGUUUGACCUCGAUGAUUGUAGAAGCAAGCUACGAAGGAUCGAGGACUCCAACAAACUCUCUGAGGACGAGAAGCGGCGGUUAGAGUAUGAAUUAAGGACAGCGAAGGAACGAAUCUUGAUUGUCGAGCGCGAGUUCGAUUCCAGAGCUAUAGAAAAAGAGCAGAUCUCUCAGGAAAUAAGCAGCACCAGAAUUGAACUCAGGAAAGUCGAAACCGAUCUGCAAAAUGCUUUGAGGAAGCUGAACGAUGCGAACAAUGACGUCACGGCGAAGCAGACUCGUCUCGAGAGACUGGAGCGAGAACUUGAAGAUCAGAGACGGGAGUGUAGGUCACAGGACCUGGAUCGAGAACGCAAGGCUAGUCAGAUUAGUAAUUUGCAGAAUACGAUUGAAGAACUGAAAAGCGAGAUCCAGAGUUUACAAGAUGAUCUGAUACUCAGUCACAGAGCGUAUGAGCAGUGUAAGAAGCAACUGGAAGAAGCAGAACUGUCAGAUCGCUCGGACGACAAAACAGAGACGUCGACACUUCGUGUAGACGUCACGGAAAGACCUCAGCAAGUAACAACACUGGACAUCGAUGUCAAACCGCAAGUAACUACACUGGAUAUCAAUGUGAGACCACAUACGACAUUUGACUACAGUUUUACACCACAGACUACGUCAACAGUAUUUGACUUGCCGUCACAGAAGCAACAAACGACCGACUACAGCUUCACCCAGCAGAGUAAUUCAACAGAGUAUGACCUUCGUGUAAGACAACGUGAAACAUCCGACUACGGCUACACCCCACAGACUACUGCAAGUGAAUUCGAAGUAACUCCUCAAACAACCACACUGGAUAUUGAUGUACCGGACCGUCACGAAACGACAGAAUUGGAAAUUAAUAUCGAAAGAGAAACCCAGCGCCCUCCCGUCGCGUCAUGGAGAACCAGAAAUACGUCAUCUUUCCAGGUGUAUAGAGACCGGAAGUAUAGUCCAGUGCAGUUUGCUCUUGAGGAAGAGGAAGAUGGAGAAUACGAGAUAGCGCAGAUUGAAAGUAGAAGCACGAGAAGAAGAUGGAAGUAUUAUCGUGUUGGACCGCUUGACACAACAAAAAGGCGACAUCAGCGAUACUCGAAUUUCCAUGCCCAAUUGAACAUGGCGAAUUAUACACGAGAUAAAGAACAUAUCCACAAACAACUUGCACUAGCGAAAGAGACUCUCGUCAAAUUAAGGGCGCUUACUGAUUCGACUAAUACGGAAAGUUUCAACGGACAGAAUGGCGAUUUCUCGGCAUUGAACGGCGCCCGUGUAUGGGAGAACUAUGGCGAUGACAAGCACGACAGCGACGAGGGAGGGAGUUCUGGAUUGGGGAUUGACUCACCGAGUUUCGACCAUCGUGCGCAUGAAACUACAUAUUUUGUAAAUGAUAAAUCGGCGGUCGCGCGUGAUAGCCUAGCUAAAGCGCUGGGCUUGCAGGUGUCGAAAUUAGAGGAUGAUUUGAAAGCGUCCCUGUUGGAGUACUUUGAACAAAUGGAAACUCAGAAGGAGGAAUUAAUCUCCAGCUUCGAAACAAUGCAUGCACAGCUCCUGAAACAUCAAGAAAUUUGUCAGCAACAUCGCAAGGAAGAGGCGGAAAGAGAGGCUUCCAUGGAACGACUGAAAGCUGCUAAACAAACAUUAGAAACGGAUGUUGAAACAUUGAAACGAGAAAAUCUACAACUGAAGUCAGCAAGUCGUACACUUGAAAAUGGAACACGUGGUUAUAGAAUUUCCCCAGGUUACGUUGAACCCGACGAGCUGAGCGAAACGCUGAUGAAGGAGAACUCACGUCUGAGAGAAAAGCUUCGCAAAUUCGAGACAACUGAGUACGCUAGAUUGGAAAGAAAAGUUGCUCUACAGGAAAAGCUUUGCGAGUCUUACAACAAAGACAUGGCAUCUAAAGACAAAUUGCUGAAGCGUUUCCAAGCUGAAAACCGAGGUUUGCACGAAGACGUUAAAAAUCUGCAAGACGAAGUGUUGAGAGUGAAUGCAAAUCGACUGAAUGCGGAGCAAGAUAAAACAAGACUUCAACAAGAACUGCAGUUUAGCGAAGAGCAAAUAAACACGCUGAGAGAAAAGCUGAGUAGUUCCAAAAAGGAAGGUAGAUAUUUACAAAGGUGUAUUAGCGAUGCAAAUUCCAAAGCAAAUAUUUCUGGCGACAGUUUGUCCGAAUUGGAGAAAGAAAUUUUGGCCUUGCGUGAGAAAUGCGAAAGUUACAGAGAUAAACUGAAUGACAAAGAACGGUUUCUGGCGUCUGUUACUAAAGAGAACCAAGGUUUAAUCAAAACAGUGGAAGCCAUGAAAAGGGAGCUUGCUGCCGUGAGGGGCGAGGAGCGUUCACUAAAGGUUGAGAACGAAAGGUUACAGAAAGAAAAUGCUGACAGGGAGAUUGAUCGGUUGAGUUCAGAAACGACGAGUGAAGCUCGCAGCGGCAAGAUUUCCAAAAUGAAACUACAACUGCACGAGUUACAGGGCAAGGUCGAUGAACUGGAGAGACAGCGUAAACAAUAUGAUGACAGAGAAACCGAGUUGAACCAGGAAGUGCUUGCGAACCUCGAGAAAUACACGAGAAUCGAGCAACGAUUGUACCUCGCCAAGAAAGAACUCGCUCAAGCUCGAGGGUUUUACGACACCAGCGAAGAGAACAAGAGAGAUCUGCUAGCAGCAGUUGAGGAUUCAAGAGCAAGAAUUGCGUCAUUAGAGAGAAAAUUACAAGCCAAGCAAAUGGAAGCUGAAGAUGAGCAUCAAAUGAAUGAUGUUAUGAAAAAUAACCAAGAUUUAAACGAAGAAAAUGCGAGACUGAGGGCCGAUUUCCAAACCUGCAAAACCGAGAUUGAGGAAUUGGAGGAGGCUCUUCAAAGUGCCCGCGAGCAAAAUUCUUUGCAAAGAAUGAGGUUGGAUGCUCAUGAAACUCUCAUGAAAAGAAAGGAUGAAAGAAUUAAAGAACUACAAACGGAGCUGCUAGAGAUUCACGAUCAAAUGAAUACUUUGACCGAUGAAAUUCUCAAGAAAAAUAGAGAGAUAGAGGGUUUACGAAUGGCAAAGAUGUUACUCGACCAAGAACUUGACUUGUUAAAAUCUGGGAAGCUGUCCGCAAGAUCACUUAAUAGAGAAGGUGUUACAAAGGAUGGGUUUUCAUCACAUCACACAGCAGACCCUGCUAGCCCAGACAGUGGGUUCUCUGACAUGGAACGAGAAAAGGAUAUUGACAGACUUAGAAGAGAAAUUUUCUCGCAGGGCAAAUUUCACCCUAGACAGUCUGUGUUGCACGAGGAAGGUUUACUGUCGAACGAAGAAGAUAAAACUAACGUUGAUCUUGUCCUCCAAACUCGCAGACUUAAGGAAACGGAGAAAAAGUUAGCAGAUGUCAUUGCUCAGAACGAAGACCUUAAAGAUCGGGAACAAGAAGCCAGGGGUUUACAACUGCAAAUGGACACGGAGCUACGUAAAGUGAUUGAAGAAAACAAAGAGUUAAGAGAGAGGGAAAUGAUGCUCGCACAGGCCUUGGAAGAACAGCAAAAUAUUCCAUCACAGGAUAAAAUCACAGAAUUCAUUGCACCUCAGCCAGAGAAAGAGAUUUUGCGUUUUGAUGAUGAGCCGGUAGAAACAGCUAUUUUGCAACCCAUUCUGGAAGCAAGUCCAGAAAACAGUUUAGUAUCAUUGGAAAACGAACCGCAAGAGAGUCUCAUCGAUUUGAACGAUGAGCUGGAUGGUUCCACUACACAACCUCUUCGCGAGAAGGUUCAUCGGAUUGAGAACAGAACUCAAGAACUGGAAGGAAAACUUCACGAUUAUGAGGCGAGUUUGGCUAAGAUGGCCGCAGAGAAAGAACAGCUGUUAUCAGAGCUAGAACAAGCUCAAGAAAACCUCCAAGACAUGGAAAACGAGUGCAAAAUAGCUCAGGAAAACAAAGAGGAGCUUCAACAAAUAAUGCAAGAAGAAUUGUCUGCAAAGGAUGAAGAGGUUGCUAAGCUACAGAAAGAGCUGUCGGUGUUAUGCGAGGAAAAAGAAGGUCUUAAAACGUUUGUAAACAGCUCCAAGGAGGAAAGUUCUCAGGCUGAAGAGCAGUUGCUUAGAACUCAGAAUUUAAUUCUGGAUUAUGAAAGACAACAGGAACUUUCACGCAACAAAGAAAAAUCUUUACAAGAGCUUUUGAGUCAAUCUGAAGAAGCCAAUGCAAAUUUGCAAGUUCAGUUAGGUAAGGUAGAACAGCAAUGUCGCAACGCGGAACAAGAAGCCAAUAAAUUGCAGCAACAGAUACUACAUGUGCAACAAGGUUCUGCAGAACUGGACCGCGAGGUCCAAGAACUCAGAGAAAAAGUUGCACAGGAACAAGAAAAACAGAAAGAAACUUGCGAGCGUUUGGAAAAAAGUUCAUACGCCGAAGAGCAGUUGUUAACAGCUCAAGAUAUCAUUCGAAACUUAGAACGACAGCAAGAAUUUUCUAGCGAUACAGAGAAAUCUUUACAAGAACAUCUGAACCAAUCAGAACAGAACAAUGCUAAUUUGCAGGUUCGGCUGGGUGAAACAGAGCGAGAGUAUCGCAAUAUCCAAAAAGAAGCGAAAGCAUUACAGCAAGAAAUACUUCUUGUCCAACAAGGGUCUGCAGGAAUGGAACACGAAGUCAAAGAUUUAAGGAAAAAAAUUGCCCAGGAAGAGGAAAAACUGGAGAAAGCAUCUGAAAAUUUGAAAGAUCUGCAGACAGAAAAUGAAGAAUUGCGACAACAACUAACGGAUGCGAACAAUACUUUAGAGAAUUCAUUGCAAGAGAACAAACGCACGGUUUUUGAGCUGCAAGAAGAAAUCCGAGAGAAAGACAAUCACGUCGAACAGCUUCAAGAAGAGUUGACUCUCGCUGAACAACGCCACGCUGAAAUUAAGUCCCUAUCGAGUAAUAACCAAAGUGAGAUUUCAGAUCUUCAGGCUGAACUUAUAGAGACCAAGGAACAAUUUUACACAGUAUCGCAAGAAAAGACAAGAUUGGCGCACAGUCAUAGAGAUCUAGAGCAAACUGUUGCUGAAAAGGAGGAGAAGAUCUUGGCUUUGGAAUUAGAGAAUAGUGAAGGCAAAAGGAUCAUUUCUGGGCAAGAAAAGAAAGUGGAAGAGCUGGUUGACAAGCUUGAAGAUUACGAAAAUGAGAACAGUAGAUUACACAAAGAAAAUGAACAAUUCAGGGUGCGCUUGGAUGACACAUUAAAGACCCAACAAGAAAUGGAGAAGUUACUGGUUGAAUCUCAAGAUGAAGCAAAAGCUCUUGAACAACAAUUAUCAGCAGCUCAUGAAAGCAUAACAGAUUUGGAGACAGCGUUUGAGAGAGGCGAAGAUAAAAAUUCCCAAAUGGAAGAAAACUUGCGCGAGGCCAAAGAAAGAAUUACAAAGCUUGAAACACAACUAGAGGAGUCUCAAAAAGAGUGCCGCGCAUUAGAGAAAGAUUGCCACGAAACAGAAAAGGAGUUUGAAAACGCUCAAACAUCUUUGAAUUCCUGUCAGGAGAAGAUUGCCAGUUUAGAGAAGAAACUGAAAGCUGCGGAAGAAAAUAUUUCAGACUUAGAAAUGGCAAGAGACAACGGACUAUCAAACGAGCAACUGCUGCAACAAAGGUUUGCAAAUGCGCGCGAGAAAAUUGACAAAACGGAGACAGAGAACAUUGAUUUGAAAGAAAAGCUUACGAAGAUGGAAAGGAAGUUGGGAGAUUUACUUUCCAAACAAGAAGCGCUUGAAGACAAGAGAGAAGAGCUGGAGAAGAUUAGCAGCGACAUUCGCCAUGAAUUGGAGUACGAACGAGAAAGACGACUGGCUCUCAAGCAAAAAGUUGAAGCUAAAGACAGGGAAAAUGAUGUUAUUCAAAGAAAAGUUCAGCUACUGGAGAAAAAUAAAGCAGAGAACGAAGAUAUUCAACACAAAGAUAUGGAGGAAAAAACAAAGCUGAGAGACGAAUUAUCACGCACUAAGAAGACAUUGUCCGAGUUGGAAACAACUAGGGAGACUCAAGAAGAAAAUAUAACCGAGAUGGAAGAUUUAUUGAGAGAGACGCGCGCAAAAAUUGGUACACUGGAACAUAAGCUGGAGGAUUCAACACGAGACAACGCUGACUUACAUGGUCAGCUGGAAGAACUUAACAGAAAGUUGAAAUACACGAAGGAAGAGAAUGUAGAGCUAGAGAAAAGAUUGCAAAAGCAAAAAGAGAUCAGUGAUGAAUUCCGGAAUAAUCUAGCGGAGCGAGAAGAGACCGCCUUGAAUUCGAAUUACAACCGCGACGCCGCUGAAAGAGCCUUGCAGUCUGUGAAGAAGGAGCUUGCCAGGAAAGAUGCUAAGUUGAAAAUGCAGAAAGAACAGAUAGACGACAUGGAAGUCGAGUCUGAAAAGACUGCCAGAAAACUCAAAGAAACCGAGGCUUCUUACAAGAAAGUUUGCAACGAGAAUGAUAGACUCGCGAAAGAGUUGGCUGAUGUCAAGGCAAAGCUGGCAAAGCUGGAGUCGUUGUACAAAGAAAAAGCGAACGUCCCUGUCGAGUCAGAAGUCACAGUCGCUAGGGUAUCCGAGCUGCAAGCCAAUCCCGUUCAAGCUGACAAGUUGAUUCGCGACUGGUCUGACAAACUAAGUACAGCUCAAACCAAAGUCACCGACCUGGAGAAUGAACUCCUCAGAGACAUAAAGAAACAUGAAAUGAGAGUACAUGGAACAAGACCUGCAUCUCAAGACUGGCGGAGAAGAAGCGCUGACAGUUUAGCCGAGUAUGGCAGGCUCAGCCGAGCUCGGACUCGUCAUCGAUCUAACCGAAGCCGAGAUAGCUCUGUGGAUUCACUCAGAUCAACACAGUCCAUGUUUGACUACAUCGAUGAAAGCAUCGCUGUUAAUGACAAAGGUGCAAAGCAAGAACCGAACAAUAUACUUUCCGCUGAUUCUAAAGAACGUAACCCUGUGGAUUCAGAUAACGAAGGUUUCUCUGGAAUCCCUGUGGUAAAGGUUAUUCCUAGUGAGACUGUUAAUGUUUCUGAAACCGACACGCAAUCAGCAGCUGCAGAAGAAGAAUUUUCCAAGAAACUGGACGAUGCAGAAAAGGACGCCUCCGAUCUUCAAUCCGUUUCACCAGCCACAGAUGAUGCUCCUGUUUUUUGGGAACCCGAGGCUUCAUCAGAGCUACACAUCGACUAUCAGUCGCCAGUUGUUCCUGAGGGGCCAUCAGGGCCAACAACUGCCACAGAGGAUCUGUUCGAUGUGACAAAAGAUUUACCGGUCUUAUUUUUCACUGAGUCAACAUCUGUCGAAGAAACUUCCACAGAUAUGGUGGAAGAUCCAUUUGAUGUGAAAACAGGGGAUGUUCUUGAUCUACAGAUCGACUAUCACCCACAAAUUGUCACUGAAUCUCCACCAGACACAACAAGCUCAACAGACAUGGCAAAGAAUGUGUUUGAUGUGAGAACAGAUGAUGCUGUGGAUCAACAGAGCGCCUAUCAGCAGUCAAAUGAUUGCCAGCAGCCAUUAUUGAUUGAGCCACCUUCAGACGAUCUGUUUCAUUUCGAGUCGCUCCCAUCAGAUAACUCCUCACUUACAAAUGUCACAGAUCUCACAUUUCGAUCGUCAUCUCCUCCUGUCUUCCCUGACCAUCCACUGCUUGUCACUUUUGAUCCUUUAGACGCUCGGCAACCUCACCAAAACAACAAUAACGACGAAGUGCUAGACCCAUUCGAAGAACUAAUGAAAAUGAAAGAAGCCCAUCAAGAUGACAACAGAGACACUGACAUGUAUGAUAUAGAUGACGUCAUCAUUGACGUCACAGAUGGCGCGAUCACUGAAGCCAAUAAUGACGCAAUCAUUGAUGUUAUCACUGAUCCCCCACACAGCGACGUAGAUGAUAUUGAUGGUGACGUCACUAACAGUCGACCAACAAGCAUCUCCAGUAAAUAUCACGUGACAGAUGGGCCAAGAGGUGACGUUGUUGAUUCACUGGAACGAAUCGUACCAGUCCCUUACAACCAAAGAGAAACGAUGAGUAACUUGACGCAUGACUGGAGCAAGGAACCAAAUGCCGCACGUGGUGAUCACGCGACACAUAGCGCUGGUAUUGACGUCAAUAAUCCACCAGAACAAGUAGAACCAGUCCCCAGGCCGAGAAAGAUGAAAGACAAAAUGAAGCCGGCUUUGUGGCCCCGGGGAAGCAAAAAAGAGAAGACUGAAAAUGAUGGGAAGAGGAAAGAUAAACCAGAUGUGCAACCUUACAGCGUUAUGAUUAUGGUGGAUGAUGAAAUCGUCAAACCGCCAUCCGAUAGAAACUUAAAUCUUGCUCAGGGAGAAAUGAAGAAACAGAAACAGAAAGAGGUAAUUCCUGCAAGACUUGCACUCGAGGAGGAACAAGAGGUUUACAAAUCACCCAGCCAAAUACGAAGAGAGCUGGAACAGGCAAGCAAGGAAAGCCAGCGACAGAUUCCACAAAAUACUAAGACAACACAGAAAGAAGUGAAACAAAACCCUGAAAAAGAACCCAAACAAAGACAUGGGAAAAAAACUAACCAAAAAGCCGAAAACGAAGGAAAACAAAAACCUGAAAAAGAACCGAAACAAAGACCUGAAAAAGAACCAAAAUUAAAACCUGAAAAAGAACCAAAACUAAAACCUGGUUCCUCUGGGAACACUUCUACUCAAUAUCACAUUGAGGGGAAAAGCCACGGAAACAGCAACACCAGCAGUGAUCAGGGCCAGGAAGGGGAACAAGACGAAGCAAUGGGAAAAGGACGGCUUAAAAAGUUAAUUGCUGCUUUUAACAAGUGAUAAGAUAAUUUAGGAAUAGACAGAAAGCAGUCGAACCUCACAUGGCAAAAUCACAAUAUCAUCUAAUGUCACUCAGAGGACAUUCAUUCAUAAUACGUUUUAGUAAUUCCACUUCAAGUGGAAAGUGUAGGACCUUCUUCAUAGAGGCAGCUUGUCAGACAGGUUCAAUGCAUACUCUUGAAUCACCAGAGUCAAUCUACAGAUUCUUCCUACUGGAAACCUUUCAUUUUGGCAACUACUAGUAAGGAGAGUUGAUCAUGUAUCAAGACAAUUUUACUUUUGUGAUCAUUGGUUCAAUUCUUAUAACCUGCAAGCAGUGUAAGGAGAAAUUAGUAAUCUCUAAUUCUAAGUUGGCCAUUAAUGCAACAGCCUGCAGGCAGAGGUCUAUGUCUGCAUUGCUGGAAGGUAAUAUGGCAGAGUGUUUCAUUCCAGAAUAUAUCCAUUCUCCUCCCAAAGAGUUUUUUGGUUUGAAUGCCCCCCCUCCCUCCCCUUCCCCCAAUCCCCCUGGAAAUCACAAUUUUGUUCACACUUUCCUUUAAUGAUUUUGGCUUUGACACUUCCCUCCCCUCUCAUGGAAAUUACUUCCAACAACCAUCCUUGGGUGGGUAUGGAUAUUUUCUGGAACCACACAAUGGCUAAAAAAAUGUUUUAGCAAUGGCCAGAAGCUUCAAGUUGGUCAAAACGAACAAAACUGAAUCAGAUAGUUCUGGACAUUUUCCUUUCAGGAAGUCGAAUAAUGCCAUUUUAAACCAUUUACCCACGAGAUUUUGGUUUAAAUUACAACACAUAAUGAAUGCCAAUUUUUUCACUCAUCUACAGUGUAGGAACAAGCCACCCGUUAUUAGCCUAAUGAAGUUUUAAUCUUUUAAAACAAUUUUUAUUGCAUGCCUUAAAUUUGUUUGUUUGUUUGGUUGG